CCUGGCUGCCCGACCCCUGUGCCCACGGAGGCACCACCGCGUUCAAUGUCCCCUAACCUAAAUCGACAGCCCCACUCCGAAGUACCUGCGUACCGACGGCAUGCCCCUGUUUGCAGGUGCUCGCGCAGGACAUCCUUGCUGCCCUUCAACGCUCGUCACCCCCAGGGUUGCGGCCACGGUUGCAGGGGUGGCCGCGGGCGCCUCCUGAUCAGUGGCUUGUGAAUCUGCCCUCGCGCUCUCUCCACUUCGCUUGCAGCAAAGCCCAUCCUCCGGCAUCUCCCUGGAUUACCAUGAAGCCCGCUGCCCUCUUGCUGCUGCCAGCUUCGUCCUCCUGCUCGGAAUGCUUUGAGGGGAAGCCAGCAACACCCUACUUGCUGCUGACAGCCUCCUUCAAGCAAAGACAUGCUGACUUAUAAUCAGCACCAGUUGUCUGCCUGCGGCCACCUGCUGGUGGGAAGUGAUCCUCUUCGGUGUCUUUGCACUAGGACAUGGAGACGAGGCGCAUGCAAGCACAUCCCCCGUGAGGUAGCCCUCUGUCGCUCUUCCAUUGUUCACUGUCCAGUCGCAAGUGCGAGAUGGCAACCAGGGCUCCUGGCCAGCCCCCCAUCAUCUCAGGUGUCCGCAAAACCUUGGAACCCACACACACACCUUUGAUCUCUUAGCCUUUUCGCCUCCCGACUACCCUCACAGAUGAACCCCUGCCUGAUAAGUGACCCAUGUUGUACCCCCAGGUAACCUCCCGGGAUGUGGUCCACAAUGGAUGCGGUUGAUGUACAACAGGCAGGGCCCUCUCCACGGUCGAGAUGCCUUAUUACCGGCCGAUGGACCUCCAUCUAUGCUUCACUGCCCUCUGGCCGACCUCGUUAUAUCCCACCUCACCUUGUCCUUCCCUAUUCCAGCACAAGUCUGUUGUGGCAAGCUUUUCCAUAUUACUUUCGAUUUAUCCUCACCAGUCAACAUCUACCGGUGACAUAUACCACUUCCUCACCCUCAUCUCAGCCGCAUCUGCAUUUCUUCUAGACUUCCCAAGAAAAGGAAGCCCUGCAACCUGUAAUCGUCCACCAUUUCUAUAUACCUCUGUGUUGUUUGAGGGCUUGUGAAUCAUGACUGUUCCUCUACCUACUCCGUCGAACCCCAAGGCCGAUGCCGCCGCUGUGCGGAAACGAAGAAGACGUGCUCCGGCUGGUGGCGCCGCCGAUGACUGCUUCACCUGCACCAAGAGGAGCGUCAAGUGCGAUCGGAGGAGGCCAUACUGCUCGCAGUGCCUGGAAGUGGGAAACGAGUGUUCUGGAUAUAAAACUCAAUUGACCUGGGGUGUUGGUGUGGCGAGCCGGGGGAAACUUCGCGGGCUUUCUCUACCAGUAGCCAAGUCGCCUCCUGUCAACCCAGUCAAGAAAGGUUCACCUGCACGAGCCCGAGCAAACUCGACUUUGAUCAAUGGGCAAGAACACGGCCUUGCCGCUAAUGCUGGUCACUGGAACGAACCCGAAGAACUUUCGCCACGAAGCACCCGCAGCGAUCUUGUCGAUGGCCCGGCGGAUCCUCGUUAUCCUGCUUCCAUGCCAGCAACACCUUUUCACAGCUACGACUUCUCCAAGAUCUGCCAUGCCGAACCAACGCCGCCCUUACCGGCAGGUCCUGCCCAUUGGCACAACAUGCCAUUCUCGGCGAGCCUCCCCAGAGACGGCCCCCGUUUUCCCAAGCUGGGACCCAUUCUAGCCCACGGUCCCCCCGAGCCUCUAUCCGCCUCCAUCGAUUCUCUGAGCGAGGCAGACUAUCUAUCGCCCCUCAGCCACACCUUUUCCAGGGAUGACCUGCCUUUUGUCACCAGUCCGCCGCACAUAUACGCUGAGAGCUACAACAGCGCGAAUUCGCCUAUUCCGCAGAGCCCGAUCUCGUCAGUGAUGAUGGAUCACCAGCACCAUCGGGCGCCUACAUCGUGUCCCAGCCUUGUGUACGCUCCAUCCGAGCCUAGUUCAAGCCUCCACUCGCACAUGGAUGGUUUUGAGGCUCACAUUAGCAACCGUCUGAUGGAGUACGAACCACUUGCAACCCCUGGGUUGGAUGCAUACAGCACCAGCGCCCAGUCUGAAAGGCACUUCUGGGGGAAGACGGAGGAGGAUAGCGCGCCCUCUCACGUGGUUCAGGAGCAUUCACUCCCUUGGCCGUCCGUACUCGAUCAGCCCGUCCUGCCCGUCAGCCCUGAUCUUAUCGCCAAAAUGCCAUUUUUCAUGGACUACUAUGAGAACACCAUGUGCCCGGGUAUGGUGUUUAUAGAUGGCCCUUCGAACCCCUUUCGGGAACACAUUCUAUCACUGGCCGCUUCCAGUCGAAGCCUGCAGCACGCUAUCUGUGCGCUCGCCGCCUGCAACCUGCGGAUGAAAAGAAAAUUAAGCCUUGCCAAUGGACAGGAUGGGAAGCGUCACAGUCUACCUGGUCCUGUUCCAGAUCUCCGAACGGAUGAACGGACCUUGUCAGAGGAAUACCAGCACCGGAACCUCGCAGUCCAUCUCCUCAACGAGCAGCUCAAUGACGCGACGAAGGCAAGAGGCGAUGCUGUCCUGGCCACAAUACUGAUGCUGUGUCAUUAUCGCAUGGCGGAAUCGGGUAUUGCGAAAUUCCAUACCCAGUUUGCCGGAGUGAAGAAGAUCCUUGGCAUGAGACGGUCUUGCCCCUUCCCCCCAUCACGCGAUUCGGCAUGGAUGGAAGCCCUCUUCACCUACUUUGACGCCAUCUCAGCCAGCAUCAAUGACCGAGAGGCACAACUGAACACCUCGUUCUACGGCGUUAUGCCAGACGCGCAGUUACUUCCACCGGGCGCAGAGAAUUUCGUUGGCUGUGACCGAGAGCUCUUCAAGACAAUAAUCAAGCUUGGGAGACUGAACCUACUCUCGCAGCACCGUGAGGUCCAGAGUCUUUUUGGCAGUGCUACCGCGCGUGGCUUACCAUCACGUCCGGAUUCGCCUCUGGAGUCACCGAUUGGUCACAUAUAUAAGCCUCAGCACCAGUUUAGCUCGGACAUGCUUGGGAAGUCUCAGCCGCGAUUUGAUGGCAAUGGCUUCAGCACGACCCUGGACGAAGACCAAAUACUCAUGUCUAGCCUCUCAUCCUCAGCGGCCUACGAUGACCACCGGUCGACGUUCUGGCGCGAGUGGAAGGACGCUCGCAUCGCCUUGCAGUCCUGGGAAUUCGACGCUCAAGGGGUUCUUGCUUCACAACCCGCUGGUCUCACAGCAACUCACGCACAAGUCCGUGACUUGGGUUCCCUGUCUGAGGCAUUCCGCUACGCAGCACUUCUCUACACGGAGCGCCUGGCGAGUCCGAGCGUGCCCAGCGCGCACAACAACUUCCGCAAUUUGGUCAGCCAGGUGGUCUACUACGCCACGUCACUCGAGGCCGGGUCCUCUGCAGAGAAAUUCCUCCUGUGGCCUCUGUUCGUGGCUGGGUCCGAGUGUGUCAACGAGACGCAGCAGGGAAUUGUUCGCUCCAAGUGCCGUGAGAUUAUGGCGCGCUCGGGCUACAUGAACAACCUUGCAGCUUUGGACGUGCUGGAGAGAAUCUGGGCGGGCGAGGGCAGGGAACAGCAACAUGAUGGCAAGCUCAUGAUGAGGAGAGGCCCGUUUAGCUGGACGCGAUGUAUCGGUGGCCCAGGAGUUGAGGUUGAGUGGAUCAUGUUCUAAACCUUGUUUACACUGGAUUUUGCCUUCCCUGGUGGGGAACGAACGCUACUGCACACAGCAUGGAUGAUGGUUCAAACACUUUGGGGGGCCCAGGGAACUGGAGGCCCAUGCGGUCUGGGGCCAAAGAGGAAAAGGGACACUGGGACUGGCCCCUUAUCACGACGACGAAUGAGACUCAUGGCUCUCACGUAUUUACGUUAAGCACUUGUAUAAUUAGCUAGCUGGAUUGCUCAUAGCACACGAACACGGUGCUAUUGGAAGCGGGAGAGGUGGCUUCGUCUGUUGGGCCUCUGGCAUAUCUAGCACUCGAAUGGAGACACACGAUGGAGACCAUCAAUAUUCCUGUACCGUGUUACAGGUCCCCCAAACUGUUGAGUGAUCGCCAUGGACUUGGUCCUCUGUGACCAUGUCCGGUAUGGACCGGGGCGCGUUCUAGAUCGCGGCGGUUUUGUCUUGUGGCUUCGGACACCACCACCACCCUGUCUAGCACGUCGGUCCUCCGAGACGUGUGUCUGCGAACGCAUCGUCAUCAUUUUGACUUUGUGUCAGAGGACGACUGGGUGCUGGAUGCAUUACACCUCUCGACGGUCACGCCAAGCCCCUGCAACGGGAAGCUUCUUGUACCCAGUCCUGUUUCUGCCCUCGUCCGAACCCACCACACAUUAUCGUUUUAAACAAGCAGCCUGCUUAAUCACACAUUUAAUCCGCAUGGUUUACGCUUAUAAAGUGGGGAAGACAGGCCGAGGUACCUUGUAACAUGUCAAAAGGAUUAUGUCUGACGUGCUGGUUUCCCGAUAUGUCCUGUCUCCAUGACAGUGACCCGGUCGUCCAGGCCAGGCAGGCCUGUGGUGCCCGCCGUACCCGGGCCGAAAAAUACGCCAUGUCCAAUUGGACCCCGUCGUCACCUCCACCUCAGCAGCGAUGUGCUAUGUAGCAUGUAAUGUGGUACCGCAGGGAGCGGGUCUCGAGGAGCGGGUCUCGAGGAGCGGGUCUCGAGGAGCGGGCCUCUGCCAUUGAUUACCUCUGACAGGGAGAUUAGCAAAGGGAGGCGGCAGGGAGGGGGAGGGGAGUGAAAAAGCAUGUAGUGUCAACUGGCAUCCCGUAAUGGCUGAUACUCGAACGAGGCGGUGCAACAACAGGCGGCGGCACACUUAGAGCAAGACGCUCGAAAAGGCGCCAUGGCUACCCUAUACUAUGACUAUACUGGCGAGUACGCCCGAGAGUGCAACCCACCCCUUUUUCAUUCGAGCGCGGCAGAACCCCUGGUCGUUUCUGCCCUGUAGAUCCGGACGGUCAUUGAUGCCGCGGUUCAUGCCGGCCCGGGGCAUUUGUCGACAGAGCAGAAUAGUAUCUGAAUACCUGCCACCGUGUAAUAUCUAGUCUACCAGGCUAUUUCUGACACAC